UGUCAUCAAUUCAUGUUUGCUUUUUAAUUUUGUCUCAUUGUUUUCUUUUUAAUUAAUUGUUUUCUUUUUGUUAAUUAAUAAAAAUGGUUUUAGCAGAUUUAGGACGUAAGAUAACAAAUGCUUUACGUUCACUUGGAAAUGCGACGAUUAUUGACCAAGAUGUUUUGGAGAGUUUAUUGAAAGAGAUUUGUAAAGCUCUUCUGGAAGGUGAUGUUAAUAUACGAUUGGUGAAACAAUUGCGAGAAAAUGUCCGUCAAGUUAUUGAUUUCGAUGAAAUGGCCGCAGGUCUUAAUAAAAGACGGAUGAUCCAAAUGGCCGUUUUCCAAGAAUUAGUCAAAUUAGUUGAUCCUGGAGUAAAAGCUUGGCAACCAACAAAAGGAAAGCCAAACAUAAUCAUGUUUGUAGGUCUUCAAGGUGCUGGUAAAACAACAACAUGUACAAAAAUGGCUUAUUAUUAUCUGAGAAAAGGAUGGAAAUGUUGUCUGGUUUGUGCUGAUACUUUUCGUGCUGGAGCAUUUGAUCAACUUAAACAGAAUGCAACUAAAGCCCGAAUACCAUUUUAUGGUUCAUACACGGAAGCGGAUCCAGUGGUAGUAGCGGCGGAAGGGGUUGAUAAAUUCAUGAAAGAAGGUUUUGAGAUAAUAAUUGUGGAUACAAGUGGAAGACAUAAACAAGAAAGUGCCUUAUUUGAAGAGAUGUUAUCAAUUAGCAAUGCCAUUAAUCCGAAUCAAGUAAUUUUCGUGAUGGACGCUUCCAUUGGUCAUGCAUGUGAAGCACAAGCUCGAGCAUUCAAAAGUAAAGUGGAUAUUGGAGCUGUAAUAGUGACCAAAUUAGAUGGUCAUGCUAAAGGAGGUGGUGCUCUUAGUGCAGUUGCGGUUACUCAUUCGCCGAUUACUUUUAUCGGUACUGGUGAACAUAUGGAUGAUUUCGAGCCUUUCAAAGUGAAACCUUUCGUUUCUAAAUUGUUAGGAAUGGGAGAUAUUGAAGGUCUUAUUGAUAAAGUAAACGAACUAAAAUUGGAUGAUAAUGAGGAAUUAAUUGAGAAACUUAAACAUGGAGAGUUUACUUUACGUGAUAUGUAUGAACAAUUUACUAAUAUAAUGAAAAUGGGUCCAUUUAAUCAGAUAUUACAAAUGAUUCCCGGAUUCGGACAGGAAUUGGCUCGUGGAGCAUCUGAAGCAGAUUCUAUGGCAAAAUUAAAACGAUUAAUGACAAUCAUGGAUUCAAUGAGUGAUAGUGAACUCGAUAAUCGAGAUGGUGCUAAAACUUUCCAAAAGCAGCCGACCCGCGUGAUCAGAGUAGCGAGAGGAGCCGGAGUCACGUCCAGGGAAGUUCAUGAACUCCUGACACAAUUUACUAAAUUUGCCGCUGUGGUCAAGAAAAUGGGAGGAAUCAAAGGUUUCUUCAAAGGAGGUGACAUCUCUAAGAACGUUAAUCCAAUGCAAAUGGCUAAAUUAAAUCAACAAUUAGCUAAAUCAAUGGACCCAAGGAUAUUACAACAAAUGGGUGGAUUCAGUGGCCUACAAAAUAUGAUGAGACAAUUACAAGGAGCUGCAUCAGCUGCUCAUCAUAAAUGAUUAAUUACUCUGAUUAGAUUAUUUUGUUACUACAAUUUAUACAUUGGUAAUUUUUAAUUGACAUUUAAUUCACAUCCACACACAUAGAUGAAAUAUUAUAAUUUUAAUAAUUAUUAUAUUUAUUAUAUUAUGACAAAAUUAUCAAAUCCGUUGUAUAGUUUAAAAGUAUUUGUUUGUUAUUAAAAAAAAGACAGUUAAAGAAACGA